GCUCAGCAGGUCCGGACGGCCACAGCGGGACUGGAGGGAGCCACCGCAGACACACAGCAUCCAAGUGAAUAUAACGAGGAAAAGAAGCAGCCGGGAGUGAGUGAAGCGGUUACUUUGCCUCCAAACACGGAAACGUUUUUGUAGGAGCCGUCGUCGGCCUCUAGGUGUCACGGACGUUGGUUGACCUGUCGCCAUGGAGGGCGAGGUUGUUUCCAUGGAGACCACUGCAGCUGAUGGAAAGCUCCUGCCAGAAGGCGGAGAGGCCUUGAUGCAAGGGGCACCCAUCGCCCAACAGGGGGAGGUGACUGGUAACAUGGAGAUGAUGGUGAUGGACGCUCUCGACCCGACUCUGCUGCAAAUGAAGACGGAGGUGUUGGAGGGUGGCGGCACAGUGACAGUUACUGGUGGAGAUGAGGGUCAGAUCAUCACACUCCAGGUGGUGAAUAUGGAGGAGCAGGCAGGAGCUGCAUUAGGUCUUGGUCAGCUUCAGCUGGUGCAGGUACCUGUCACAACCGCAACUGUAGAGGGGCUCCAGGCCACCUAUGUUGAUGCAUCAUCGGCUAACAAGGACGCAGAGCCGGUUAUCUGUCACACUCUUCCCUUGCCCGAAGGCUUUCAGGUGGUAAAAGUGGGCGCCAACGGUGAGGUAGAGACUGUAGAGCAGGAGGAGCUCCAAGCAGCCCACGAAGAGCUUCAAGGGACGAGGGCAGAGGAGGGAGAGGAACCAGACGUAGAGCCCCCUGUAUCUCAGCAAGAGGACCCAGAAUGGUCCAAGGACCCAGACUACCAGCCCAUCACCACUCUGCGCAAAGGAAAGAAAGGAAAGAAGAGCCGCCUGCGCUACGGGGAGGGCGAUCGUGACAUGGAUGUUUCUGUGUACGACUUUGAAGAAGAACAGCAGGAGGGGCUGCUGUCGGAGGUUAAUGCUGAGAAGGUUGUGGGCAACAUGAAGCCACCGAAGCCCACCAAGAUCAAGAAAAAAGGUGUAAAGAAGACUUUCCAGUGUGAGCUGUGUAGCUACACCUGUCCAAGGCGCUCCAACCUGGACCGACACAUGAAGAGCCACACAGACGAGAGACCACAUAAAUGUCACUUGUGUGGUCGGGCCUUUAGGACAGUCACACUGCUGAGAAACCAUCUCAAUACACACACAGGCACUCGGCCACAUAAAUGCACAGAUUGUGACAUGGCAUUUGUGACCAGCGGUGAGUUGGUGCGUCACCGUCGCUACAAACACACACACGAGAAGCCCUUCAAGUGCUCCAUGUGCGACUACUGCAGUGUCGAGGUAAGCAAGCUGAAAAGACACAUCCGCUCUCACACAGGGGAGCGUCCCUUCCAGUGCAGUCUGUGCAGCUAUGCUAGCAGAGACACUUACAAGCUGAAGAGACACAUGAGGACACAUUCAGGUGAAAAGCCGUACGAGUGCUACAUCUGCCAUGCCCGUUUCACACAGAGCGGCACCAUGAAGAUGCAUAUUCUGCAGAAACACACAGAGAACGUGGCAAAGUUCCACUGCCCACACUGUGAUACUGUCAUCGCACGGAAGAGUGACCUUGGUGUUCACUUGAGGAAGCAGCACUCGUUUAUUGAGAAGGGAAAGAAAUGUCGUUACUGUGAUGCUGUGUUUCACGAGCGAUAUGCUCUGAUCCAACACCAGAAGACCCACAAGAAUGAGAAGCGUUUCAAGUGUGAACAGUGUGACUACUGCUGCAGACAGGAACGCCACAUGAUAAUGCACAAGCGUACACACACUGGGGAGAAGCCGUUCGCCUGCAGCCAGUGUGAGAAAACAUUCCGGCAGAAGCAGCUUCUGGACAUGCACUUCAAGCGCUACCACGAUCCCAACUUUGUCCCCACUGCCUUCGUCUGCAGCAAGUGUAGCAAGACCUUCACCCGCAGGAACACCAUGCUGCGUCAUACCGACAACUGCACGGGUGAAGUUGGUGAAGACGAAGAAAAUGGAACUCCCGCACCCAAAAAGGGCCGCCGGGGGAGGAAGAGGAAGAUGCAGGCCAGAAAUGAUGAUGAGGACACAGAGGCUGAAUUGGACGAGGCAGGGGAGGAAGAGGAGUUAAGUGAGAUUGAGGUAGAACAGGCCCCACCAGUCAUCCCUAUCCCAGCCCCUGUGGAGCCACCAGUGAAGAGGAAACGUGGACGCCCUCCAAAGAGCAAACCAGACACAGCAGCUGCUAUCAUCCGUGUGGAGGACGAGGUGACCGGAGAGGUGGAUGACAUAAUUGUGAAGAAGGAAGUUGGAGCCGAUCAAGAUGACCAGGAGGACGGCAACGAUGAUGAUACAGAGGAGGUGGUGGUCGGUGGAGGGACGUCGACCAUUCAGAUGGAGGAGUUGUCCCAGGAAGAGGGGGCGGCACAGGAGGCCCCGCCCAACGGUGAUCUGACCCCGGAGAUGAUCCUCAGCAUGAUGGACCGGUGAUGGAUGUGAGGGCUGAACCUGUAAACACACAAAUCACACCUUUAUUUUAAUUCUUGGAGUUUAGGAUUACAAACACUUAAAUCCUAAACAGAAACAUCACUGUUGUAAUUUAAGAUUUGCUUUUUAAUCCUGUAUUGAUAAAGACUUGGAUGAGUGAAAACAAUUUUUAAUAAGAAUUUGCCUACCAAAAAAAAAGCAUAUUUCAGUACUUUGGAGUUGGGGUGGCUGUAAUUGACAGGAGUAUCUUUAGCCCUAUCAUUGUUGCCUAUAGUGUUCAGUAGCUCUGUUUAUAUGGUAAAAAUCAGCAACGUUACAUUAUCUACACGACGAAAUCUCUUCUGGAAAAUAGUCCACUAAAUGUUUUUAACACCACUCUUCCAUAAAUCAAGACUGUGCAUGUAAUUUUACGUUACGAUUUUUGAUCUUUUUUUCUCAAGCCUUUUGUUGUUUAACUUGUUAUACACCUGUGUGUCAUUGGGUUAAAGUUGUACGUAGAUAGUAGUGGACUCAUUAUGUGGUGUUUUUUUUUUUGUGGCCAUUAUUCCAAUCAAUGUUCAAUAUCCUCACUGAAGAGCUUCAUGUACCUCUCAGUUUGGACAGAAAACUGCUAGGCUCAAGUUAAAGGUCACUGAAACAUUAAAAACUAAGGGGCAACCUUAAGGGAAGAUGAUACUGCCAUUAAUCACGGCCACUUCAAGAUAAGAAAAAUGAAAUAUUUUGAAUAUUUUUAUUUUUUGGUUUCUUUUUCUGUGGUUAGUGAAUCCCUUUUUUAAGCCUAUAAUAGUUUUGAAAAAGAUUAAUAGACUGCUUAUCUUAUGCUUCUUUCUUGCUACUGUAACAGCCCAUAGAUGAUGCUUAUGUACUAAACAUUGUCACUGAUGAGUUCAAGGAAAGAACGUUGUUUUGCUCCCUUGUGUAGCCAUUCCACUUUGGGUUAAUGUUUUCCUUUUGUACCAUUGGCAAGGCAAUGCUACGUAGCAGCUUGAAUUAUAUUUUAAUAACUAUGUGGCAGACGAGACCGGAUGUAUGACUGUACAACCAAUAAAAAAAAAAAAAAAGUAGACAUUGAGAUUGACUUUUUAGGUUUCUGCAGCUGUAAUAAUCUAAAUCAUGGAUAUUUAAAAUCUGUCAGGUCUGGCUGAGAAGUUAACGUGUUAGUGGUACAGUUGCAGCAAAAGACAUGAUGGCUUGAAUCAUUGUAAUCCCAUUUAGCUGAGAAACACCUGAGUGCUAACACAGAAAUGUCCGUGUAUUUUGCUUGCAAAUAUAUUUUAUUAAAUGGACGACUUGAUAUCAAGA